AUGUCGGCGGCAUUGCUCGUCGUGCUGCUCGUUGCGCUGUCGAUCCCGCCGGCGGCUGCUGAGAUCCGGUUCACGGAAAUAAGGUCGGACGAGAGGCCAGUCAUCCCGUUCGACGAAUUUGGUUUCAGCCACAAUGGAGUUCUGGAACUCAAUGUCUCGGGGAUCGCUUACUCCGACCCCAACCCCGAUAUGGAUCUCUCCCAGUUGGGGUUCUUCCUCAGCACCCGCGACGCAUGGUUCCACGUACUCCAGCAGAUCCAGGACUCGGAGAUCACCUGCGUCCUCCAAUCCCGCCUCGUGAAGAACGUCUUCACCUUCGACCACCUUCCACGCAAGGGCGACGUGAACGGUGCUGCCACCCCUCCCCCUGCCGAUUCCUUCGGUGUCGUCUUCUCCGAGACGGAUCCCGGCCAGUUUACCGUCGUUUUCGCCAAUUGCCUCUCUCAACAGCAGGUCUCUAUGAACGUCUUCUCCUCAAUGUACAACAAGGAUCCUCGCACCGGUGGCCGGGAUUACUUGUCAGCUGGAGCCACCAUGCUUCCUCGGAUAUACUUCCUCCUGUUCUUGGUUUACGCAUUUCUCGCUGGCGUCUGGGUCUUUAUCCUCUACAAAAAGCGUCUGACGGCCUUCCGAAUCCACUAUUUCAUGCUCGCCGUGAUUGUGCUCAAGGCGUUCAACCUUGUCUGCGAGGCCGAGGACAAGUCCUACAUCAAGCGCACCGGCAGUGCUCAUGGCUGGGACGUGCUAUUCUACAUCUUCAGCUUUCUCAAGGGGAUUACCCUCUUCACGCUCAUCGUUCUGAUCGGCACCGGAUGGUCCUUCGUCAAGCCAUUUCUACAGGACAAAGAGAAGAAGGUGAUCAUGAUUGUCAUCCCUCUCCAGGUGAUUGCUAACAUCGCGCAGGUUAUCAUCGACGAAACUGGUCCCUUCGGUCGGGACUGGGUCACCUGGAAGCAGGUCUUUCUUAUGGUGGACGUCAUCUGCUGCUGCGCUGUCCUCUUCCCGAUUGUCUGGUCAAUCAAGAACCUCAGGGAGGCUGCGCGUACUGAUGGGAAAGCUGCCGUGAAUCUCAUGAAACUGACACUGUUCCGUCAGUAUUACAUUGUCGUCAUAUGCUACAUCUACUUCACCAGGGUUGUGGUGUACGCGUUGACCACCAUCACCUCGUACCGCUACCUGUGGACCAGCAUUGUCGCGGGAGAGUUGGCAACUCUUGCCUUCUAUGUCUUCACAGGCUACAAAUUCAGGCCCGAGGUGCAUAACCCAUAUUUUGUUAUCGCUGAUGACGAGGAGGAGGCUGCAGCCGAGGCGUUGAAACAGGAUGACGAGUUUGAACUAUAA